AUGGGGCGUAUGCACAGCCGCGGGAAGGGUAUCUCGUCGUCGGCGCUGCCGUACAAGAGGACGCCGCCGACCUGGCUCAAGACCGCCGCCUCCGACGUGGAGGAGAUGAUCACUAAGGCGGCGAAGAAGGGUCAGAUGCCGUCGCAGAUCGGCGUCCUGCUACGUGACCAGCACGGUAUCCCCCUUGUCAAGAGCGUCACCGGCAGCAAGAUCCUCCGCAUCCUCAAGGCACACGGGCUGGCGCCAGAAAUACCAGAGGACCUGUACUUCCUCAUCAAGAAGGCGGUGGCGAUAAGGAAGCACCUUGAGAGGAACAGGAAGGACAAAGACUCCAAAUUCAGGCUCAUUCUUGUUGAGAGCAGGAUCCACCGCCUGGCCCGCUACUACAAGCGCACAAAGAAGCUUCCACCCACCUGGAAGUAUGAGUCAACCACCGCAAGCACUCUGGUGGCCUAA